UUUUUAUAUUCGUUCUAUGGAACUGUAAAUGUAAAUAUUUAUAAAUGUUGUGUAUAGUUUUUUAAAAUUAAGUAUUUAGGUGUUUACGAUUCUUUUUUCCUAACUGAUCGAGAUGGCUAGCUUUUGUAGGGGGUUGUUAGUUGGUGCAUAUUUUGAUACUAUAUUGAAACCUUUGAAUCUAACCGUUCAAACUGUCCGCUAUAGAUUUAAAUUAAUUGACCUCCCAAAACCAGGUAGUGGGCGGAGCUUUCGUCGCAUAGUCCAUUUCCCUGAAAAAUAUACUGUUAAGCCGUUAGAUGUUACAAAUCUAGCUGGAAGGGAUCCUGAAACAGGUCGCGUGGUGGCCAAGGGGAUCGGGGGCGGCAUCAAGCACAAGUACCACUGGGUCGACUGGAAGCGGGACGGCCCCAAGGAACCCCCGCCGGCCCUGGAGGAGGUCAUCGAAGUGAUCGACGACGGCUGCCGGACCGGCAAGGUGGCGCUGGUCGCGAGCGGCAAGCGUCUCAAGUACAUCCUCGCCACCGCCAACAUGAAGGCCGGGGACAUCCUCAAAACGUCACGGCACAUACCCAGGAUCCCAGUGCGCGCCAGUGAAGGGGAUGCCUACCCCUUGGGGGCGCUGCAGGCUGGCACGCAAGUGUGCUCCGUGGAGAAGUACGCGGGCACAGGGGGUUUCUACGUACACGCUGCAGGCACCUUCGCCACGAUACUGCGCCACAUCGGUGAUCGAACAAUAGUCCAGCUGCCUUCCAAGAAGGAGUUCUCCCUCUCCAAGGAGUGCAUGGCUGUCGUGGGUGCGUGCCUGCUCCCGGGUCCCUCUUGUUGGACCUGCGGUACUAGUGAUGGUUAUUACUGUAUCCAUCUUGUAGCCGGGUCAGCUGGUAAAACAUUUCCAUUACUUUUAAUUUCAGAACCUCUUGUUGCCAUGCGUCACUGUGGUCCUUUUACCUUCUCUCACAUAUUUGUCCAAUCCUCUUGGUCACAAAUGUCAUUACGCAGUUACUAUCACUUUUUGCUAGCCAUAAAUUAUACAAAACAUAGAUAUUGCCCAAAAUAUGCUUUGCAUGAAAAAUAAAAUUAAUUGGCCGCUUAGGUGGUAUCUUUGGCAGUUUAGACAGAUAAAAAAAUUCUAAAUAUAAAAGUAAAUAGUAACAAUUACAUGUACGAUAGUGCAUCUCCAGGUAUAGAAGAAAGUUUAAAUUAUAUUCUGUAUGAUAUCUAAAUGUUUGAAUUCAUUCAGUAGUGCAUGAAACCUGUCCCAUCUUUAAUGCAGUUCUCUGUAAAACAUCUUCUGUUUUGGUGCUGUACUCACAGGUAAUGUUACAUGGUGAGGCGAAUAUGAGAUGUGCAAAAUGCAGUGACACUUUGUCACGUUACACUUGUUUCGUCUGCACUCAGUUCGACCUGUUGUUGAUCAGUGACUCAACAGGAAACAAAGUAUUUCCCUCACUUGCUACCAUCUCUCACUCGUCUCUAGCUUGGCUUUAUGCCUUUGAGAAGUAAAUUUCCUAUUAAACUUAUACACAUGCAACCAAUUGUUUUAUUAAUCAUCUCGAUCAGGUUUACUCUGUUAUAUAGCUUAUUUUGUAAAUAUUUGAAAAUCUUGAAAUGAACAUUCACUCAAUAAACACACACAAUUACAAAUUCAUUACAGCUUUCUCUUAUUAUUUUCCCUUGUAACAGUGUUUUCCCCUUAAUAAUGCACAGAACUUUCUGUUCGAAAGUGUUAUUGCAAAAGAGCUGUGAAUUGCACCAAAUGUAAAUUGACAAGUAAAACCCAAUCUCAGCUAAUGUCUGGUCAAUAGGUCGGCAGUAACCUUAAGCACAUUUAGCACAUUUCCUGUACUGCUGUUGGUGUGUUAGCCAUCUGUGUUUGCUUAUAUGUAGUAGUAUUUAAGUAGUGACAAUAAUUUGUCAUAGGUCUUCCAGAGACCUAAACAUUAACUUUGACCUUUUUUUUAAAAAUUAAAACUCAAAACAUAUGUAGCACAGCUCUAGGAACCUAUCCAGAGGACUGUUCUAAAUACGUAAUUUGAUUUUCUUCAGAGUUGAAUUGAAUUUUUUUCCCCGCAUAUUUACAGGUCAAUGUGCAUUUCUUUUAUGUUUUUUUUGUGGAGGUGAGAUAUUUUGGUGACAUUAAAAUUUUACUGCCAGAUAUUUAUUUAAACUAGUUAAGUAAUUUCAAUUAUUGAAAGAUGCAUUAGGUUAAUUGUGUAGGAAUUGUAUCUUUGCUGCAACGACAAAUUCAAACAUGUAUUUUUGCUGUAUCGGACAUUGCCACUUUGCUAGGCAAUGUCAGUUUGAGUGGUCGUGUGUGUGUCGGUUGCAGGGAGAGUGUCCAACAUCGAGCACUCCAAGACCCCCAUCGGCAGUGCUCAGCGACUUCGCUGGCUCGGGUACAGACCGCGGUCGGGCCUGUGGCAGCGCAAGACCGGGCGGUUCGGCCGCAAGAUACGCCCCUUGCCCCCUGUCCGGGUCAUAGGUGACCCACCUCCCAAGCCGCGGCCGCCCGUUGUGCUGUCGCUGCAUUACUAACUGCUCUGUGCACCUGACUGCUGUACAUUACAACUGUUUGAAUAUUUUAUCACCUUGUGUGCACUUUUUUUUAAUACCAGUCUGAAACCCAAAACUUACUUCAAAGUAAGUAUUCAGUAACUGUUAUUAUGUUACAUUUUCUUUGACACAUGUUUGUUUCACUCAAAAAUGUGUUUAUCAUUAUAUCAUAAAACAUAAUGGUAUUUACUUUAAUUUUUUUUUACAUUUUCCUCAAAAAUAAACAUUUCUCACUCAGAAA